CGUGUGUAGGUGUGUUCUGUCAGUGCUGGUCUAUAUGAUUGGCUGGUGAUUAAGACCGCAGGCUGCAGAAAGUUUGAGUUCCCCUUCAUAUUCUGUUUGAAUGGACUCUUAUUGGUUUUUAUCUCAAAUGGUCAUACCAAGUUUGAUGUAACAUUUGCAGUGUGUAGUGUUCAUCACUAUUUAUUUAUUUAUUUAUAGGGUUCAGAAUUUUGGAAAUUGAAAAGAUCCUCUCGUAAAUUUUAAUUGAAAACUCUACAACUCUCUAGGAAAGAUGAGAAUUUGAUAUGAUGAUCAAAAAUGGAGUAGUACAUUGAGCAGAAUCAUGGUCGACGGUGUAACCUUUGUGUGAAUACAAAUGUUUGUCUCGCAUCAUCAAGACCCAGACUAACUUCAUAAAGUGUCCUGUUUACUAAAAAUAGGAAGUCAGAAAGGUUUGUGGAGUUUGCAUAAAAGUGAAAAUGUGACACACUUUUCAACUUUAACUUUUAAUCAGUCUGAGUUUGUAAUUAAGCUUUCACAAGUGACUUUUACUGUAAUGAAAAGGUACAUGUGGUGUGAUGAGUGCGCAAACUUUAGGCGACAUGUAUAGAUGGACAGUAGUAGACUAUUCCCUCUGUUGGUAAAACAAAAGUUAAUUUAAUGUGUUAUUAAAAGCAUGUCAAAAAAGACAUCAUUUGUUCAGCUGGUUUAAGGCACGUGCACCGGAAAUGAGCAGUGGGCGUACUUUGUGGCGGGGAGAGAGUGGUUUGCGCGUGCAGCAGCCGGCACUUAAACCUGCUCUUACGCGCGGUCUCGUGUAGAAACAGCUCGAGACCACUACACAACAACAUGAGCAGCUCUGUGACGUCUGAAGAGGUGACGGCGAAGUCGUGACCUGACCCGGUCUUUGUUUCGAUCGCGUCUCAUAGUUAACAUCCACAGACCGGCUGCGGCCGCUCCGCGCGCACUGCUGCGCUUUGACGCCUCGGAACUACAAGAGAAAAAGGCGCGUGGUUGCUGUGGCAGGGAUGAAGCUCGCGCUCACCUUCACCUGCCGGGCUCUGCUCGUCUUCCUGCUCCCGGGGUCGGUUCAGACCGACAGAACAGCGCCUUUCCUGAUCACAGAAAACAUGUGGCCCCGUGGGUGUGUCCUGGACUGUCAGAGGGGGCGCCACAGAGCCGUGUGUGGCAGCAACGGCAGGUUGUAUAAAUCGCUGUGUGCCUUCCAGAGGGCACAGUGCAUCAACACACAGCUACGUCUCGCUCCACGAGCUCACUGCUCAGAUCUGAGCCUGUCCAAAUGCCAGCUGGCUCGGGCUCAGGCCCUGGAGGCCAACGCCCACAGUGGUGGCAGCCAUGUCAGUCCUGCAGCUGCAAUGUUUGUGCCACGGUGCCAUCAAGACGGUCACUUCCUGCCAGUGCAGUGCCACAACCAGACCGGAUACUGUUGGUGCUCCACACCAGACGGCAAACCCCUCAGUGGGACCUCAGUCCUCCAUCUGAUCCCCAAUUGCACUGAUCACAUCACCAAGUUGGCUCAGACCACUGAUGCAGAUUCAACUGCAGUCAAAGAUGAAGUUGGUGAACCUGGGCCGACGUUGGACCCCAGAAAAUCUGCAGAGCUGACAGCUCCUCCUAUUUGGGUGACCAUUCUGAUGAACUCUGUCAGACGACCCACUGACAGUCCUCAGACAUGUGAGCGUGAGCGAGCAUCACUGCUCUCUCAGAUGCAUUCAGCCUGGCAGGAAGAGCGUUUUAUCCCAGAAUGCACUGCAGACGGACGCUACAGCCCUGUGCAGUGUCACACUGCUACAGGUUACUGCUGGUGUGUCAGGGUUGAUAGCGGCAGGCCUCUAUCAGGCACCUCUGCAAGGAAUCGUAUCCCAGACUGCACAGGGGCAGAGGAGGAUCCAGACAGAGCAGCCAGGAGGUUCAGGGAAAAACCUCUGCCUGGGUGUCCUGGAGCCCGUAAGGAGCAGUUCCUACAGAGUCUGGUCAGAGCUCUGCAGCUGGAGGCAGAGCAUGCUGGGAGUCCCUACAGGUCUGCAAACGCACCUCCUUCCAAUGCUCCUUCUCCAUUUUCAAACACUCCAUCCUCCACAACUCCUUCCUCAUCUUCCUCCUCCUCCUCCUCACCUCUGAACGUUGCUCCCUCUACUACUCUGGAAGCCGUGGACUCCUCUAGACCAGAGGAGGUGUUGCAGUGGCAUUUCAGUCAGCUGGACGUGGACUCCAGCGGGGUGCUGAGUGAGCGUGAGGCUCGACCCCUUCGUCAGUUCCUGCGACGGAGGUUGAAGCCGCGACGGUGCGCCAAGAAGUUCGCUCAGUACUGUGACAGAGACGGAGACCGAGGCCUGACGCUGGAGGAGCUGAGAGUCUGCCUGGGACUCUGAAGUGGGUCAAAACCUCAGAGAGCAACAAGAGCAAUCACCUGAUGCCAAAGGCCAACCUGUUUCCUGUCGUCUUCCAGGGUUCUAUUUAUUCAUUCAUGCCAUCAUGGACUUGUCAUUACAUCCUUUUUUUCCAACUCUGAUUAAAAGACAAAACAUUAUGCUCAUCCAUCAUCCUCAUUCCCAUCAGCUCUUCAGGAUAUAUUAUUUGUCCUUUAAAUAAAAAUUGAAUUAAACAUAAUUCACAAGUUUUUAUUUCACAUGUUCAUCGGUUUGAUAUUUGUUAUUGAUUUUGGACUGAAUCUGCUGUUCUGUUCCUUUCUCCUCUCCCUAAUCUCUUAUCUCCCUUUCCAAACAUCCUCACCAUCUGCCCUUCCCUUCUUCUCUUAUCCCAGCCUGCUUUCCUUUGUUCCCUGCCUCCUUCCUAUAAUCCUUUCUUUCUUUCUGUUUUCUUCUCUGUUUGGUACAUAUUUUGCUUUCCCGUAUUUUGCAAAUGUAUUGCCAAUAUAGUGAUGUAACAUAUCAUAUAUUUUAGAUCAUUUCAGUCUGCAGCACUUUCAAAGACACUUCAGUGUUUGUUGAUUGAUUGUGACUUGAAACACGAGCAUGAUGAAGUAAUUUCCUGAUUUUCCUAAAUGUGAUUUCAUUAAAUGAUGGUUUCAUCUCCUUUUCG